AUGCCUCUAAACAAGGUCGACGAAGAGUCCCUGAGAGCGCAUCACUUGCUUCAUAGAUCGUGCCGCGGCAAGGCUCACGGGAAUGGGAUAGCGAAACAAAGCAAUCGUCGCGCGACCAUCUCGUUUCCUGCCAGCAGAAGCUUCCCGAAAGAAGACCGGAACUCGAUCAGCCUGGUAGACGAGGCCUCGGUUGCGACAAAAUUCCCCAACAGAAGGAUCAGCAGAAAUGGCACUAGCUCUUGGGAGUGCAGCGACAGCGACAGCUUGCACUCUUCGGAAGCUGGCCGCGAGAAUGCCACGUUCGCCAGCACGAAUAACGACGAUCGUCCUGCAUCGGUCAUGUCUGUUCGUACUAUUAAUGGCAAGCCAACAACUAAUGGCACGACGAACGUUAGCUGCAAGAAGAAAGCUAACCACGUGCCUUGCUCGUUGGCGAGAACCGGGGUAAAAAAUAAUCGGAAGAAAGAGAGUUGGGCGGAUACGUUGAGGGUGAGUAGGAUCGACGACAGGGUGAAGCGAAUGGAAGAGGGUUGGGAUGACAGCAGCGUGAUCGAAAUACCUAGGGAGCGGAAGUGUAGGAGGAUCACCGCGGAGGUGGAGCAGAGGAGGGUGGCCAGUGGCAAGUCCCCUGGUGGUGACUUUAGGAUCCUCGGUCUGAGAGGAUCUUCGUUGAAAGGGUGGAACAAUGGUGGCUCGCAGAAGAGGAACCGGAAGAACGCGGCGUUUCAGAGGAAUUCGAAACCGAUCGAGGAUAUCAUCGAGUGGGAGGAGAUCGUGGAGAUGGCUCUUGCGAAGAAGACAGGCUACGGCAAAGGGAAGAGAAGACGGUGUGGCGAGGAUGUGGUGGACGAGGCCGUGAAGGAUCGUCGAAGGGUGGAUGGUGAAACGAUGAACGGAGCGGGCGAGUGCAUGAAACGCCUGGAGGUGCUUCUGCAGAAUAGACUACCGCCGCAAACAGUCGAGGCACGGUCCGAGGAGCAUCUGGCGCAAGAACAGGCAUGGCUGAGUUCCGAAAGAAUUUGGCUAUUGCACCGAGGUGGAUUUACUCCUGCGACGAAGUGUGGUCCAGCAGAUCCGGACACAGGAAAGCUAAGGAUUCGUUUGACCACUUCCGGCGAGGAACUUCUUGUCGACGAAGAGGAUGUUGAAAAGGCCAAUCCCCCCCAGUUUGACAAGGCCGAGGAGCUCUCGCAAUUACGUUUCCUCAAUGAAUCUUCUGUUCUCCACUCACUGAGGCAACGUUACGCCAGUAAUUUAAUACACACUUACGCGGGAGAUAGCAUGAUCAUUAUCAAUCCGGUGGCGCCAUUGGCCAUUUACUCAGAAAAGGCAAGUGACGUUUACGCGUUGGUGGCGCAUAUGUUCAGAGGAUGCAAGAGCGAGGAUAUGCCACCCCAUAUUUACGCGAUGGCGCAAGCAGCUUACAGAGGGAUGUUAGCAACUCGAAGAGAUCAUUCCUUAGUUUUCCUUGGCCGUAGCGGAUCAGGCAAAACAACAAACUUUAAACAUGCUCUUCAUUAUCUUGUGUUGGCUGCAGGCACAGUUAACAAGAUUCUGACUAUUGAGAAACUCAACGCCCUAUUCACAGUCCUGGAGGCGUUUGGAAACAGUAGAACACACAUGAAUUCCAAUGCUACGCGUUUUACACAGCUCUUCAGUCUGGACUUUGAUCAAUCAGGGCAAAUAGCGUCGGCUUCUUUGCAGGUCCUGCUUUUGGAGAAGUCGAGGAUAGGCAGAAGAGCGAACGGGGAUCCAACUUUCCACGCGAUUUAUCGUUUACUGGCAGGCGCGGAGGGUGCACUUAGGAAGGAAUUGCACUUGACAAAUCUAGUCGCGGAGAACAAUGCGUUCAUUACACCUUUGCAGAAGCACGAGGACAAGCAGCGUGCUAUGGUCGAGUUUAAUCGAAUCGUGGCCGCUUUUAGGAUCCUCGGUGUUUCCGAGGCGGACGAGAAAGUUAUUUGGCUGGUCCUCGCUGGUAUAUAUCAUCUGAGCUGUGCUGGUGCGGUUAAGGCUGGCACCAGCUCGCAGAGUCGAUGGCAGUUCGCAAGAGUCGAAUGUGCAGAGAAAGCUGCAACAUUAUUGGGCACUACCGUCGAGGAAUUGAGUAGAAUAGUGUUCUCUUCCAACGGAGGUGGUGCUGGUACACCAAGUACUCCGAGACCUGCUUUACGUACGCCGAGUCCUACGGAGCAAAGCAAAGAUAUUAUGGGACUAGAUGCUCUAGAAGGUCUUCUCAUUGGACUUUAUUCCGAAGUGUUCCAUUGUGUAGCUGCUCUCAUCAAUCGAUCCAUAUCAUCCUCUGUGCACACAGUGUCGUCUUUGUUAUUGUGUGACUCGCCAGGUUUUCAGAAUCCAGCCUCCUGCGGUCGACAAACUGGAGCCUGUUUCGAAGAUUUGUGUCACAAUUACUUGCAGGAACGGUUGCAGCUGCUGUUUCAUCAUACAACACUGGUGGCACCAAAGGACAGGUACGUCCAAGAAGGAAUUGACGUAGAUUACGAAGAUGACUGCGACGAAGAUGGAAUUGGAUCACCUCAGGGUUUGAUUUCGCUAUUAGAUCGUGGAAGUUCGCAAGGCGCGACGAUGUUGCGAACUAGCCAAAGUGACCUUAGUGGAAGUAGACAAAUGGAGAGAAAGGGUCUUUUGUGGCUGUUAGACGAAGAAACAGUAUGUCCUGGCGGUAGCGACGAGACAUUUUUAGAUCGAUUGUUUUCUCAUUACGGAGACAGAGAUCAUCAAAUAUUGCUGAGAAAAGCACCUGGGAACAAUCAGUUUGUCUUACAACAUUUGUUGGGUACUAAUCCCGUACUUUAUACAGCAACAGGCUGGCUGAAAGCAACACGAGAAAAUCCUGUUACUAAAAGUGCCAUUACGAUACUUCAAGAAAGUACAAGGGAAGAUGUGAAUAUGCUGUUUGUUAGUGCACGUGGUGCCGGAGUUUCUGGAACUUUAUGCAGUUCCAUGCCUGGCUUGGAAGGUUCACAAUCUUUAAGACGAGCCUCUAGUAUACGAAGAACAUUCACUGCCGUUAAAAGAAAGAAUAUAUGUCUUCAAGUUAAGUUUACUGUUGACGGACUGAUUGAAACUUUGCGAAGAACACGAGUUAAAUUUGUCCAUUGCAUACUACCGCAACACAAUGCUGGGUGUACUGACAAUAAGAGUUUAUUGUCAGUAAAAUCAAAUCAAAGCGAGGACAGUGUUAUUAAUGUACCGCUUUUACGAUCGCAGAUUCGUGGAAGCCAAAUAAUCGAUGCGGUUCGAUUACAUAAAGUGGGAUUUCCUAAGCAUAUAGCUUUAGGUGAAUUCAGAAGACGAUUCGGUUUAUUGUCAAGUGAUGUGAACACGCGACCAGGCAGUCCUGUGGCUGAUGAACGUCGUGCUGUAGAAGAUAUGAUGCUCACCAUUGAUGUCGAUCCAGCUUUGUACCGAGUUGGGCAAAGUCAGACGACGUAACACAGAAGUGGCGACGGAAAUUUCGCGGGCCCCGCGAAAGCGAGGUCGCGGGGCCGUUCCUCCCGUACGCAUAGAAAAGGCCGUGGCUGUUGUUCAGUACCGAUCGAUAGAUCUCAAAGGAGAGAUGGCGGCUGCAUCGAGAAAUUGGAAGCCAUGUCGGGAACGCGUUGGAAAGCUGUUGCCGGGAAUGUCCGUUGGCCUACUGACGAACAGGAGAAAGGAGACGACAACGAUGGGAGGAGACGCACGGGACAGCAUCGCAGGAGAAACGAGCCCUGGCCGCGUUAUGAAAUCGCGGGAUUCUUUUUUUCAUGCGAAUCGAAAAUAUAUGACAACCGCGGGCUACAAAUGCUCGACGAAUUGAUUAUGAAUGGUUGAAGAAGAGGAAAAAUAUUGAAGCCCGUGAGAGAAAGUUGCAAGCAUCUGACAAAACUGGUGUUUACAUAUGUAUACAUGUAUGUAACAUUUUCUUCCGUAUUGAGAACCACUUCGUCGCUUCUCAAAUGGAACGUGGAUAUUAAUCACGCGAAUAUCGAUUAAAAACAAUUAUUAAUUAGAAUGUGAAAUGAAAGGAACGACAGAAAUCAUCAGACACAAACGUAUAUUAUAUUAUAUAAUAAACGUAACAUUAAUGAAUAAUUAUUAUUUAUCAAUAGACACACUCGAUACGUGA